GUCGUGCGAAACAUGGAAGAGACAUUGGAGAUGAGAAAUGAUAAAAUCGGUAAGCGGAGCGAAAGUUGGUCGAUUGAUCAAUUUGUUACCAAGGGAAUUUAGUUUGGGUUGUAAUUUGUUUUUCCUGAUUGGCUCUUGACGUUUCGGCGAACCUGUUUCAUAUUUCAUUUGACUAAACUUUCGUCGUAGGAAUGCGCUCCGUAUUGUUCGUGGAGUCUGUGGAGUGUUUAUGUAGGCUACCUGUCCAGUGAACACAGCUCGUGCCAAACAAACAUGCGGGACAUGAGCGUGUUCGAGCGAUCCACCGUGACCGUGUUCGCCGCGGAGAUGAAGGUGUUUGAUCGGACUCACACGGAAAAAGAGCUCGUCUUUCAGUCUAUGGAACUUUGUAGAGCCUUCAUUCACUCCAGAAUCAUAAGGGAAGGAUUCAGCUGGUCAAAAGUUGAGCCAGAUCUGCCGGAGCCACACGGUGCUCUUAUAGAUGUAUCUGUGGUGCUUCUAAAACUGGGUGAUGAACUGGAGUGUAUGCGGCCAUAUGUGUAUCGUAAUAUCGCAAAGCAGCUGAACAUCUGUGUAGCAGUCGAGGCUGUGGUUUCAGAUGCAUUUCUCUCUGUAGCAACAGAGAUCCUAGCCAUGGGGAUCACAUGGGGCAAAGUUGUGGCCAUCUACGCUGUAGCUGCUGGGCUGGCGGUGGACUGUGUGCGACAGGGCCAUCCAGUCAUGGUGCACACCAUUGUGGACAGUCUGGGAGAAUUUGCACGUAGGAGCCUGGUCCCAUGGCUCAAAAAGAGGGGAGGAUGGGGGGACAUUUCAAAAUGUGUGGUGAACAUAGACUCUAGAGCUCAUGCCCAUUGGUUAUCAACAGCUGUGUUAACAUGGAGGGAAUUCAUAAAGACCAUGUACAUCUACCUGACGAAGUAGCCUUCUGCAGGAAGUCAUCCUGUUGACUGAGAACUGAAUCUUUCCAUCCCAGAACUAUUUGAAUGGACCAUUGUACUGUUUGUGAAGCCCUGGGGAGCAAACGGCCCCUCACAAAGGUUAUAGCACGUCACCCAGGUUUAACUGCACCUUAAUCAUCUUUUACUUUUUAUUAUUUCUUUUCCUUAAAAUACUAAACAUAGAGUGAAAGAAAUACUAUGAGCUGAUAUUGUGUAGAGGGGAUGUUACUGCUAUAUUCAUUGGUGGAGGUACAUAAUGUCUGUCUUCCUUUGUUUAAAAUGACCCUGAAAUAAGCUCUGCAGGUAAAGGAGCUCCUUUCGUGCUGAAGAUGCAUUGCAUGAUGAAUUCAUUCUACUGAGAUUUUAUACUCUAUAACUUUGGCAUGAGUGAAACAUUUUAAAUGUUUGACAAUGUUCAGAUUUUUUUUUAUUUUGACAAAACUGCUUAAGAUGUUGUUUGGAGUGACACUUUGCACUUUCGGUUUAUACAGUUUGUGUGGUGGUGUGUGUAACACUGUUGUCACCAUCUGUAUACAUAUUUAA